GAUCUUAUUAUUUCGGGUAAGGAAAUGCAGGAGGACCUGCGCCAGGAAGUCAUAGCCCGCAAUGUGCCGCAGUUGGUGGAAAUGCUGUUGGGCUCCUCCGUCGAAGGCGGGUCAAGGGGCGAUGGCAAGGUGGACCCCGCCACCUUUGAGAGUUGCCACAGGUAUGCCAUGAAUCACUUGAUGUUUCCUUAUCAAGAGGAGUCCUCCCCGGAGGCCGUGUGGAUCGACAUGAACCACUUCUUGGAACGCUAUCGCAGCGAAAAGCUGGUAGAAUUCGGGGAAGCCUUUAGGCAGCUGGCCAGUGUGGUGCUACAUCAUCCGAUCUAUGCAAAUCACAGGGUGAAAAACCUUCAGUGGCGACUAAUGGACUUUUUGCUCUGUGUAAACUACAGAGCUUUUCGUACGGUCCAUCACAAUUUGGAGGAAAUGGAGAAGAAUCGAAAGGAUAUCCUGGACGCCCUCACUCAGGCCACCAAUGAUUCGAAGGGGGUUCGAGAGGACCAGGAUUCAGAAACUAUAUCUGACACAUCUAAGGCUGAAGACAUUCUGUCUUCCCAUAAAGAAAAGAAAUCCAAUACAGAGAGCCAUAGUCCCAGUUCCAAGGAACAUAUUAGCUCAGAUAGUGCUGAUGGUCCUCCAACAAAUAAAUCACCGGAUCCGAAACCCUUUGAAUCGUUGAACACCUCGAAGUACAGGCGCAUCCCCAGUCACAAACAAAAAUAUGUGCGCUUUGCUAUAGAACAAGAUAGGAAAGAAAAGGAGAAAGAAAAGGAGAAAGAAAAGGAGAAAGAAAAGGAGAAAGAAAAUGAGAAAGAAAAGGGGAAAGAAAAGGAGAAAGAAAUGGAGAAAGAAAAGGAGAAAGAAAAGGAGAAAGAAAAAACAUCACCCGACCAGAAACCCAUUGAAUUUUUGGAAACCGUGGAGCACAGCUACAUUACCGAUGAUAAACCCCAAGCUAACCAGAUCUUUGUUAAGGAAAAGUUCGCCAUGAAAGAGGCCAAAAUGAAACUGAAAUUGAAUCUGACUCUGGAUGAAUCAACGGCGGAAAGACCCAAAAUCGUAAAGUACUUCAAAGAAUCGAAUGACCUGUUCUCCAGAAUUCAGACACCCUGGUGGCACGUGGAUGUGCAUGUCUUCCAUCCGCUGCAAAUCUUGGCCAGCAAUUUUACCAGGGGUUACGGAGACUAUUUGACCUAUCGCCUCAGGGUAAAUCGUCAUUCGGGGCGAAAGAUAAGCGAGGAGCACCAGUUGUUGACCGAACUGGUUGUCCUAUUCUUCAAAUCCAUAAAGGGUGCAGACCUCCAGAUGUUGGAUGAUAAGAUGGAGUUGCGGACGGAGGAGCCAAUCACUUUUGCGCUCAAACAUGUACUAGAAGGUCCUCACUUGGGUCAGAUUAUCAGCUCCCUGAAGCAGAUGCGCCACCUCUGGAAGUUUGUAGAGAGCCAUGUUAUGAAAAUGAUAUCUAGUGUGGGCUUGGAUACCCUGCAUUUUUUCAGUGUAGCUCUGCGGCGACUGCUCCGACCUGUGAUCGAGUUUCUGGUUUAUUUUGAGAAGCGUUUGAACAGUGGCAUUGAAAUCCCUACCCUGCAUCACUUUAUAGAUACUUCAAGAUGUCAUUUAGAAAGGAUCCAGUUGUUGUAUGAUCUUUCGAAGGAUACUAUUGACGAACAUGCAUCCUUGAGAGCCCUAAGAGUUAUAAGCACCCUAUUCACACAUAGUUCGAAGACUACUCAACCCAAGAUGCUGCGGUCCUUGAGUGCAUCCUUACUUCUCCACUCCUUGGAGGCCUACUGUCAUUUUCUAGAUAGCUGGUGGUCUACAGGGGAUUUCGAGGACUGGCAUGAUGAGUUUCCCUACGAAAGAAUCCUGAUCGAAGGACGAACGGAGUACACAUUGAGAAAGUUAUGGGUGCCAAUUGAAGAACUUCUAAGUAGCGGUUUGUUUAAUAUCAUCCAGCGGCAUAUUUUUGGAUCCAGUGAAGCAGUUGCCAUACUAUUUGAUAGCCGGAAGAUAAGUGACUUCAACUCUUUGCAUCGAAUCACUUCGCAGACAUCCCUGCACGAUUCACUAAUAUCUGGAGUUCUAGGGGAACUAGCUCCGUAUCAGAUAGAGAAAAUAGAGGAGUUGAACUAUGCCCCGGAUAUCCUAAAGCAGUUAGAGUCCUGUGAGCUGGAUGCAGUACGUCGGUUGUUCUACUCCUUUCAUAUGGAAACGAGACCGGAUCCAAAAAAACCCGUCUCAUUUUCGAUUGAUGAGCUGCUGAGAAACUUCCAGGCCUGUGUUCAUUAUACUCCCAUUUCGGAUAUAAUUUCCCAGGAGUUGCAAAGACUACUGCAUCGCAGAUGUCUGUUGGCCAACUCUUAUAUUUCUGAUGUGGUGAAGUAUUUACAGAUGGAGAACAUUGUAAGACACGUUAGAACAGUUUAUCUCCUCAUAAACUAUGAUCUCAUUCGGAGUGAGCUAGAGUUGUUUUUUGAGUUUCUCGGAAAAAAUCAAUUGAUAGAGGCCUCUAAUAAACUAAAAGAUAUAGUGGUUUCCCAGGAUCCCCGGAUGGGUUAUCUGUUUCAAGUCUCUUUAUCCAAACUACAACCUGAAUUAAUCUCUCUCAUGGUCAGCCUUGAUCCCUUACUUAAUCGAGUGAUCAGCCAGGAGCAAUUCGAGCAGAUGAACAUCUGCUUUCUACUAAAGAUGAACCUGCAAUUGGCACUAUAUCAGCUAAAAAAGUUGCCUACCUUUAAUAACUCCAAGCCAGAGCGAUUGGUCAAGAUUCUUCGAUCACUCCAAAAUUCCUUAGCUUCGGCACUUGAAGAGCAUCUGUCUCAUUUUGAUAAAAUUAACCAGCUUUUAAAGGAAUUUUAUGUCAUUGAACCCGAAAUGAAUGAAUCUUCGUUUUUAAUUGAGCUGAGAAUAAACCAAGAAAUGUUUAUGGUCCGUUUGAAGGAAAGAAUGGGUGAAGAAUUUGGGGGAUUCCCAUAUAAUAACAGCUUGCAUGAGGUCCUUAGUCUAACCGGAGUUUUCAGGUAUCAAUGGCUAAGAGUUUCGGCCCUCAUAAACGACUAUCGUAGGCAGAAGGCCAGAAACAUCUUUGAGAUGAAGUACGAUUGGUUGCGGAACAACUACCUGCAGUCCACUCUCAAAAAAUGCAAGGCAAUUGGUUGCGUCCUCAACCAAAAAUGAUAUUAUUGGUGAAAUUUUAUUAUAUUU